CAAUAUGAAGGGGACUUGCAGACAGACAGAUUUGCAGGCUACGAGGAAAGACAGCCAGCAAACAGAGUGAGAAGAAGAGGCCAAGACACUUUACGAGGACCCAAUGUCUGUGGCUCGAGGUUCCACUCCUACUGCUGCCCCGGCUGGAAAACGCUGCCCGGAGGGAACCAGUGCAUUGUCCCAAUUUGCAGGAAUUCUUGUGGUGAUGGAUUUUGUUCACGGCCAAACAUGUGUACGUGCUCCAAUGGACAACUUUCUCCAAACUGUGGCUCAGCUGGAGUCCAAACCUGCAAUGUGAGAUGCAUGAACGGGGGGAGCUGCAACGAGGAGUCCUGCCUCUGCCAGAAAGGCUAUACUGGAACAUACUGUGGGCAGCCUGUCUGUGAAAACGGCUGUCAGAACGGAGGUCGGUGCAUCGGACCAAACCGUUGUGCUUGUGUCUAUGGAUUCACGGGUCCCCAGUGUGAGAGAGACUAUCGUACUGGUCCCUGCUUUAGCCAAGUAAAUAACCAGAUGUGCCAGGGCCAACUCAGCGGAAUCGUCUGCACCAAGACCAUGUGUUGUGCCACCAUUGGGCGGGCCUGGGGUCACCCAUGUGAGAUGUGCCCUGCCCAACCUCACCCCUGCCGCCGAGGUUUCAUUCCCAACAUUCGUACUGGAGCCUGCCAAGACGUGGAUGAAUGUCAAGCCAUCCCUGGCCUCUGUCAAGGUGGUAACUGCAUCAACACAGUGGGUUCUUAUGAGUGCAAAUGCCCGGCGGGACACAAGCAGAGCGAGACCAGCCACAGAUGUGAAGAUGUGGAUGAGUGUGGCGCAAUCCCGGGCGUGUGUGAUGGCGGCGAGUGCACCAACACAGCGGGCAGCUACGUGUGCACGUGUCCUCGUGGUUUCAUGACCAGCCCUGAUGGAUCACGCUGCAUUGACCAGCGGAUUGGGACGUGUUUCUCUGCUCUGAUCGGGGGCCGCUGUGCAGGGGACCUCCCUGGCCAGUACACCAAGAUGCAGUGCUGCUGUGACUCGGGGCGUUGCUGGGCCAUUGGCCAGACUCCAGAGAUGUGCCCUGUCCGGGGGUCUGAUGAGUACCGCAGGCUUUGCAUCGAAGGACUCCCAGUCGUGCCAGGGUUCCCUGGGAGCUUUCCAGGAAUUCCUGGAUUCGGGCCCAAUGGUGUUGGGCCGGGACUCAACGGGCCUGGAGGCAUCGGACCAAAUGGGGCAAAUGGACAAGGCGGGAUCCCAGGUCUGCCUGGAAUGGGCCCAGGAAGUUCAAGCAUUGGAACCGCCACUUUGAAUCAGACCAUCGACAUCUGCAAGCAUUUCACUAACCUCUGCCUGAACGGACGCUGCAUCCCCACCCCGUCCAGCUACCGCUGCGAGUGCAACAUGGGCUACAAGCAGGACGUGCGUGGCGAGUGCAUCGACGUGGAUGAGUGCUCCAGCAGCCCCUGCGUGCACGGCGACUGCGUGAACACACCUGGCUCCUACCACUGCAAGUGCCACGAAGGCUUCCAGAGCACCCCCACAAAGCAGGCUUGCAUCGAUAUUGAUGAGUGCAUCAUGAACGGAGUGAUGUGUAGGAACGGCCGCUGUGUCAACACCGAUGGCAGCUUCCAGUGUAUCUGCAACGCUGGCUUUGAAAUCACCCCUGAUGGCAAGAACUGCGUUGAUCAUGAUGAAUGUGCCACGACCAACAUGUGCCUCAACGGGAUGUGUAUCAACGAGGACGGCAGCUUCAAAUGCAUCUGCAAGCCCGGUUUUGUGCUGGCUCCCAACGGGCGGUACUGUGUCGACAUCGACGAGUGCGAGACGCCGGGAAUCUGCAUGAACGGCUGGUGCAUUAACACAGAGGGCUCCUUCCGCUGCGAGUGCCUCGGGGGCCUGGCUAUCGGGGUGGAUGGACGCGUCUGUGUGGACACCCACAUGCGCAGCACCUGCUACGGAGGCAUUAAAAAGGGCACGUGCGCUCGUCCCUUUCCGGGAGCGGUCACCAAGUCCGAGUGCUGUUGUGCUAACCCAGACCAUGGCUUCGGAGAACCCUGCCAACCCUGUCCGGCCAAAAACUCCGCUGAAUUCCAGGCUCUCUGCAGCAGCGGCAUUGGGAUAACAGCUGAUGGCAGAGACAUCAACGAAUGUGCCCUCAACCCGGACAUCUGCCCCAACGGCAUGUGCGAGAACCUGCGUGGGAGCUACCGCUGCAUCUGCAACCUGGGCUACGAGUCAGAUCCCACGGGCAAGAACUGCGUGGACGUUGAUGAAUGCACUGUCAAUCGUUUGCUGUGUGACAACGGACUGUGCCGCAACACACCCGGCAGCUACACCUGCACCUGCCCCAAGGGCUUUGUCUUCAGGACAGAGACAGACACCUGUGAAGAUAUCAAUGAGUGCACCUCUAACCCUUGCGUGAACGGUGUCUGCAGGAACAACGCUGGCUCCUUUGCUUGCGAGUGCUCCCCAGGGAGCAAGCUGGACCCCAGUGGCACCAUCUGCGUGGACAGCAUGAAAGGGACGUGCUGGCUGAACAUCCAGGAUGGGCGUUGCGAGGUGAACAUCAACGGGGCCACGCUGAAGUCGGAGUGCUGUGCUACGCUGGGGGCAGCGUGGGGCAGUCCCUGUGAGCGCUGUGAGAUCGAUACCGCCUGUCCCCGGGGAUAUGCGAGGAUGAAGGGAGUCACAUGUGAAGAUGUGAAUGAGUGUGAGGUCUUCCCUGGCGUCUGCCCAAACGGACGCUGUGUGAACACGGCUGGCUCCUUUCGGUGCGAGUGCCCGGAAGGUCUGACUCUUGACGGCACUGCUAGGACAUGUGUGGACGUGCGUGUGGAACAGUGCUACAUGAAAUGGGAUGAAGAUGAGUGCACGGAGCCUCUGCCAGGCAAGUACCGGAUCGACAUGUGCUGCUGUUCUGUGGGCUCAGCCUGGGGCAUCGAUUGCGAAGAAUGUCCCAAGGUCGGCUCCAGCGAGUACAAGGCCAUCUGCCCGAGGGGACCUGGCUUUGCCAACCGAGGAGACGUGCUUUCAGGAAGGCCCUUCUACAAAGAUGUGAACGAAUGUAAGGUCUUCUCUGGCCUGUGCACUCAUGGGACCUGUCGAAACACCAUUGGCAGCUUCAGGUGUAUCUGUGGCAACGGCUUCGCUUUGGACGCUGAGGAAAGGAACUGCACAGACAUCGACGAGUGCCGCAUCUCGCCAGACCUGUGUGGCCACGGCACCUGUGUCAACACGCCGGGCAGCUUCGAGUGUGAGUGCUUCGAAGGCUACGAGAGUGGCUUCAUGAUGAUGAAGAACUGCAUGGAUAUCAACGAGUGUGAGCGGGACCCGCUGCUGUGCCGAGGUGGGAUCUGCAUGAACACAGAUGGCAGCUUUGAAUGCAUCUGCCCCCCUGGACAUGAGCUGACUUCUGAAGGGAACACUUGCAUAGAUAUCAACGAAUGCUCCCUUAGUGACAACCUGUGUCGCAACGGACGCUGCGUCAACGUCAUUGGUACCUACCAGUGCGCGUGUGAUUCGGGCUUCCAGGCCACGCUGGACAGGCAGGGCUGUGUCGACAUUGAUGAGUGCACCAUAACCAACGGCGGCUGUGACACACACUGCUCCAACUCGGAGGGCAGCUACGAAUGCAGCUGCAGCGAAGGCUACGCGUUGAUGCCAGACAAGAGAUCGUGUGCAGAUAUUGAUGAAUGUGAGGAUAACCCAGACAUCUGUGACGGUGGGCAGUGCACCAACAUCCCUGGGGAGUACCGCUGCCUCUGCUUCGAUGGCUUCAUGGCGUCCCUGGACAUGAAGACCUGUAUUGAUGUGAAUGAAUGCGAUCUCAACCCUAACAUCUGCCUGCACGGCGAGUGUGAAAACACGAAGGGCUCCUUCAUCUGUCACUGCCAGCUGGGCUACUUCGUCAAGAAGGGAACCACGGGCUGCACAGACAUUGAUGAAUGCGAGAUCGGGGCUCACAACUGCGACAUGCACGCCUCCUGCAUCAACGUGCCCGGCAGCUUCAAAUGCAAGUGUCGCACAGGCUGGCUUGGAGAUGGGCUGAAGUGCAACGACCUGGACGAGUGUGCAACUGAAGAGCACAAGUGCAACCUGAAUGCCAACUGCAUCAACACACCGGGCUCCUACCGCUGUGCCUGCCGAGAAGGCUUCAACGGGGAUGGCUUCUCCUGCUCAGAUGUGGACGAGUGUGCGGACAACGUGAACCUCUGUGAGAAUGGACAGUGUCUCAAUGCACCUGGGGGUUACCGCUGUGAGUGCGAGAUGGGCUUCAAUCCCACAGAGGACAGCAAGGCCUGCCAGGACAUUGAUGAAUGCACCUUCCAGAAUAUCUGUGUCUUUGGGACCUGCCAGAACCUGCCCGGGAUGUUCCGCUGCGCCUGUGAUGAUGGCUAUGAACUGGACAGGAGUGGAGGCAACUGCACAGACAUCAAUGAAUGUGCAGACCCUGUGAACUGUAUCAACGGCCUGUGUGUCAACACCCCUGGCAGCUACCUGUGCAACUGUCCACAGGACUUCGAGCUGAACCCCACUGGUGUGGGCUGCGUGGAUACCCGUGUUGGGAACUGCUUCCUGGACACCCAGGAUCGAGGAGACGGGGGGAUCUCCUGCAGCGCAGAAAUUGGAGUUGGGGUCACUCGGGCGUCCUGCUGCUGCUCGCUGGGUCGAGCAUGGGGCAACCCCUGCGAGCUUUGUCCUCCAGCCAACACGACCGAGUACAAGACCUUGUGCCCUGGAGGAGAAGGUUUCCGUCCCAACCCCAUCACUGUCAUCCUGGAAGAUAUCGACGAGUGCCAGGAGCUGCCGGGCCUCUGCCAGGGCGGCAACUGCGUGAACACUUUUGGCAGCUUCCAGUGUGAGUGCCCCCUUGGCUACUACCUCAAUGAGGACACACGCAUCUGCGAAGAUAUUGAUGAGUGCUCUGCUCACAUUGGGAUCUGCGGCCCCGGGACCUGCUACAACCCCCUCGGCAACUACACCUGCGUCUGCCCCCCUGAGUACAUGCAAGUCAACGGAGGAAACAACUGCAUGGUCCCUGAGCACCAGGACAGGGCAGACCAGCAUAUCUCCACCAACGAGCGUCCUGGGGCUGGUGGCACCCAUUCCUGGGACUGGUGGCACCCAUUCUUGGGGAAGGGCGUGUGCUAUCGCAACUACAACGACACGUGUGAGAACGAGCUCUCCUUCAACAUGACCAAGAAGAUGUGCUGCUGCUCCUACAACAUCGGCAAAGCCUGGAACAAGCCAUGUGAGCCCUGCCCCACGCCAGCCAGCCCCGAGUACCAGAUCCUGUGCGGGAACCAGGCCCCCGGGUUUAUCAUCGACAUCCACACAGGGAAGCCCAUCGAUAUUGAUGAGUGCAGCGAGAUCCCUGCUAUCUGCACCAACGGCGUCUGCAUCAACCAAAUCGGCAGCUUCAGGUGCGAGUGUCCCAUUGGUUUCAGCUACAACAACAUCCUGCUCAUCUGCGAAGACAUCGACGAGUGCAGCAGCGGGGAGAACCUCUGCCAGCGCAACGCCGACUGCAUCAACAUCCCGGGCAGUUACAGGUGCGAAUGCUCAACCGGAUACAAGCUGUCGCCUAGCGGAGCCUGCGUGGGUCGCAACGAAUGCCAGGAGAUCCCCAACGUCUGCAGCCAUGGGGACUGCGUUGACACCGAGGGCAGCUACGUCUGCAUCUGCCACAACGGCUUCAAGGCCACGGGGGAGCAGACCAUGUGCAUGGAUAUUGAUGAGUGCGACCGACAGCCCUGUGGGAAUGGGACCUGCAAGAACACAGUUGGCUCCUACAACUGCCUCUGCUUCCCUGGCUUUGAGCUAACGCACAAUAACGACUGCAUGG